CCGGAAGUGUAGCUUCUGUUGUCACACUGGACGAAAAUGGCUGUUGCUGUGAGGUUGUUGUUUUCUUUUCUUUUUUCAAUGAACGCACUGAAGUAAUAUAUUGUUUUUAAGCAUUGGAGUUAAGAUCUACAAUAAGGGUUUGAAUGGUCGCUCUAUGGAGGUGACGGUGUGGGGCUAAGGACAGCUGCAAGCGGUCACUCACCCAGCUACCGGUGGCAGACAACGAUGAAGCAAGUUUUGGAAUAUGCAUUGGAUCGGGCUGAGUACAUUGUUGAAAGUGCUCGUCAACAGCCAGCAAAGAGGAGAGCGUUGUCCGGAGGGAGGAAGAGUCUAUAUCAGAAACUAUACGAGCUCUACAUCGAAGAGUGUGACAAAGAACCAGAGCUCAAGAAGCUGCGUAGGAAUGUCAACCUGCUGGAGAAGCUGGUGUCUCAGGAGUCAGUGUCUUGUCUGGUGGUCAACCUUUACCCCGGCAACCAGGGUUACUCCCUCAUGCUCCUCGGCAAGAAUGGAUCUGACUCUGAGACGAUCCGUCUGCCGUAUGAGGAAGGACAGCUGUUGGAGUACCUGGACGCCGAGGAGCUUCCUCCUAUCCUGGUGGAUCUCUUAGAGAAGUCCCAGGUGAACAUCUUCCACUGUGGCUGUGUGGUAGCUGAGGUCCGAGACUACAGACAGUCUGGCAACACUAAGAUGCCCUCCUUCCAGAGCAGACACGUCCUGCUACGACCCACCAUGCAGACACUGAUCUGUGACGUCCAUGCCAUGACCAGUGACCACCACAAAUGGACACAGGACGAUAAGUUCCAGUUGGAGAGCCAGUUACUGCUGGCCACAGCUGAUCCUCUGUGUCUGGAUCCAUCUAUCUCUGUCACCUGUACAGCCAACCACCUGCUCUAUAACAAGCAGAAGAUGAACACUCACUCUAUGAAACGUUGUUUUAAGCAUCACUCUCGGGCGGCGCUGAACCGUCAGCAGGAGCUGUCCUACCUGCCCACGCCCCCCCAGCUGCGUCUCUAUGACUACCUGCAGAGGAGGAAGGAGAGGAAGCCGGCCCCUUCGAUAGACCUGAAGAUCUCCAAGGCCGGAAAAGUUGAGAUCACAAUUACCCUCCAAUUUACAAACACCUUUUUCCAAAUCCAAUCCCGACAACACACUGAGUUCAGACGGACCUCUCACCGUUCUGUCCCCUUCUCUCGUUUACAGUGUGUGGACAUGUGGAAACAGAGCAGCUGCCAACUCACUGUCCCCAAGGAGAUUGAUGUAGAGAAAUAUGCAGUGGUAGAGAAGUCAGUGAAGUUGCAGGAAUCUCAGCCCACUGUCUGGCCUGCAGAGGAAGUGAUAGAUGACUAUACGUUUGAGUGUGAGGUCGGGGGCCAGAGGACCAAGGUGUCCAUCUUCCAGUCGGUGGGCGACCCUCUGGUCUACGGAAAGAUCUACUGCGCUGAGGAAGACAGCAGCGACCUUCACCUCGUACAUCCAGCGUUCCUAAUAGGCUCAAAGAGAGAUGCUGAUCGGUUUCUAUCCCAGUAUAAAGGUGUGUAUGAGCAGGACGUGAAGUGCCAGGUGAAAAUGUCUCGGAACUCCGGCAUCAUGGGACAGAACCAACUCUCAGCCAGUAGCGAGACAGAGGUGGAUGGUCUAUCAGCCUUGGUUCAGUCGUCAGGUGUGUUGGGGAAGGGGGUGAAGCACCGGCCUCCCCCCAUCAAACUACCCUCCGGGUCGGGCAGCAGCUCCUCAGGUAACCUGUAUAGUUCAGCGCAGGCUACCAGUGGUCUCCUUAAGUGUCUUACGCCCCCCCCAGGAACAGGCCCCGGCUCAGCCAAGCCCCAGUCUCUGAGUAGGAAGCACUCUGUGGAGCUGGGGCAGGGGUUACAGCUGGGGGGGCAGUUGGGACAGGUGGGGCUGUUGUCCCCGGCAGCCCUAUCUCCCAUGGCGUCGACACAGAGAUCGGGGACCCCGAAGCCGUCCACCCCCACCAACACCCCUUGUUCCACCCCUCACCCCCCCGACUCCCUCCUUUCCCUCCCUCCCUCCGUCACCCCCACCCCUCCGGACCCCCAGGCCCUCCUGACCCCCCAGCAGCAGCUGUCCCUGUCCCAGGCCCUACCCGUAAUGACCAUCCCUCUACCCACCAUGAUAACCUCCAUCACAACAGGAACCAGCUCCUCUCAGGUCAUGGCUAACCCUGCUGGACUCAACUUCCUCAACGUGGUGGGAUCUGUCUGCAGUCCCCAGACUCUGAUGACUUCCAGUCAGAUGUUGGGUCCUGGUCUCAACCUGAGUGGUCUGGGAGGACUGAUGCCUACCACACCAGUUGCAAUUCUUGCACCACCAAAUGCAGCAGCAGCAAAUGGCUAUGGGGGGGACGGGCCCUCAGGGGGCGUCGCCACGGCUACAUACCGCCAGCCAACCAAGAAGUAAGACCAAGAAGAGCACCUCCCCAAAUCAUGAUGACGCCCCCCCCCCCCCCCCCAACCAAGAGGAGCACACCACAGCCCCUCCCCAAAUCAUGAUGGCCCCCCCCAGCCAAGAGGAGCACGCCGCAGCCUCUCCCCAGCCAAGAGGAGCACACCACAGCCCCUCCCCAAAUCAUGAUGGCCCCCCCCCAGCCAACCAAAGAGGAGCAUGCCACAGCCCCUCCCCAAAUCAUGAUUGAGAGAACUUCACCCAACCCCUAUACGUCUCUAUAGUGUACUCCUACCCCAGUCUCAUUUAGGAGACUAUAGGCAAAAAAUACUUUUCCUUUCGUCCAUUUUGUAGCUGGGAGAUGAUGUAAUAAUAACUGUUUGGUUGGCGUGCCAACCACUUCCUGACAACCUAUUAUUUAAAUGAUUUAGAAGAUGGUUCUUCCUACCAGCCUGCUGUCCUGUUACUUCCUCAUAUGACGUCACGGUGUCGUCUACGGGGCCGUGGAUUGAAACAGAGCUCCUGGAUGGACAACAGCUACUGGUUCUGUGUGUAUCUGAAAUGCCAUCCUAUCCCCUUACUUUUGACAAGGGCACUAUGUAGGGAAUUACGGUGGUAUUUUCAGACACGGAUGAUCUAACAAGAUGACUCAUUUUCCCAGCAUGCAAUGCGGAGUGCAAUUUUUUUUUAAUAAUAAGGCAUUUCCUUGUGGGGGUGGAAGGGGGCGGGAUUAAGAAGAGUAUAUUCAUAUUAGAAAUCAUGUGACAUUUCUGGGACAGAAAUGAAAUGGUCUUUGUCAGCAGUUUUAUUGUGUAAUAAAGAAGAAACUAUGUAUAUAUUGACAGGAAAAUACAUCUUUUAAA